AUGGAUUUCAGUAACAGUAAUAGAGGUUAUUGUUUCGUUACGUACACCAACAAGGAGGAUGCAAAGAGAGCCAUUGUUGAGAUGAAUAACUAUGAGAUCAGGCCUGGUCAGAGGCUUGGUGUCUGUGCUUCUGUUGACAACUGUAGACUUUUUGUUGGAGGAAUUCCAAAAGAGAAGACAAAAGCAGAAAUUUUAAGUGAAAUUGAAUUGGUAACAGUUGGAGUAAAAGAUGUAAUUGUUUAUACUGACAUCUAUGACAAAUCCAAAAAUCGUGGAUUUGCCUUUGUUGAGUAUAACACACACAGGGAUGCAGCAAUGGCCCGUCGAAAACUCGUCCCCGGUAGAAUAAAGUUGUUUGGUUGCACCAUUGCAGUUGACUGGGCUGAGCCAGAACGAGAAGUCUCAGAUGAUGUAAUGUUGAUGGUUAAAGUUUUAUACGUUCGUAACUUGCUUUCUGGUACCACUGAAGAGACAUUGAGGAAUGUCUUCGAUGUUGCAGUUGGCAGGACUGGCUCAGUCAAACAGAUUAAAAAAAUUAGGGAUUAUGCCUUCAUACAUUUUGAAAAUCGGCACGAUGCAGAGAAGGCUCUUGCUGUUGUUAAUGGUGUUAUUAUUUUGUUAUUCAUUAAUUAUUGUUAA